ACCGAUCGGACUGCAUGUUUUGAGUGUCGCCGAGUGUCGGUUUCGCUUUUGUUUAUAUUACAGAUCAGGCCGAUAUUUGUUGAAUGUCCCGGUGAGAAAAAAAAGUGGAUUCCGCGUUCGCAAUCGAUAACAGAGCAAACAUUAAAACACACUAAAAUAAAACACUACGAAACCCCACAGAGAGGCGAAUGAACUGCAAAGUUUAAAGCCUCUUAAAAACAAAGAAAGAAGAAAGAAGAACCCCACAUAAACGGAACCCCAGAAUAAAUAUGUCAAAUCUCAGUACCCGGGGCAACUACUUCUUGACAAGCAAAAGCCAAGCCUGCUACUACUGUGAUCCGAGCAGUAAACAUUUGAGUGACCAUUAUCACCCAACUGCGUUCUGCAAUUAGACUUAAACGCGAGAGGUGUUGCACCCCGCCCAACCACCUCAUUGGAUAGCAGAAGAAGAAAGGUGCAAACACACAGAAAAGGGCAAAAACAAAAACAUCACAACAAACGACCGAUCGCGGUGAACGGUGCAUGCGGCGAAACGUAAACAAAAAGUGCGUGCGGUGAGAGAGUGUGCUAUUUAUCGUCAACCUAACGAAGCGAUCUGUCAAGCUAAUUUGCGACUGUCAACGAAAGUGAGAAAAAAUAAACAAGAAGAGUUAAAACAAUUCUUGAUUCGGUUUUUUUUUGCAUUUUUUUUUAAUUGUUAUAAGUGUUGUGCGAUUUUCACGAGUUUCGUCCAAUCCAAAGGAUAUUAUCGAAACUAGAAAUUAUACCGCGAGUGUCUGUGCCAAUUUGUGCUUGUUGAAAAAAAAAAUUGGUGGUAACAAAAAGUUCGUCGACAGCUCUGGAAUAACAACAACAACACGCGCUACGCACGUACACACAGAGGAAGUACUAGAACGCAGCAGUGUACGCCUCGGUAGACGCAGACGCAGACCGGCGCAUGAAUCAGCUGGUGCAGAUUGACGAGCGGCUAGUUCACACGUCGAAGGUGUUGCUGAACCAAUCCAUUCGGAGUCCUCGGAUCGUAAUCGACCGGUGGCAACGUGCAUUAACAGAUUCUCAGGACCGUCCCGAGUCCGCGCGCAGCUGAAUCACUCGUCUUUAAUCAAGUUCCUUCCAUCAACAGCAGCAGCAGCAGCAGUAACAGCAACAGCUAAGAGCGAAAACAAACAAGCGAAUAAAUUAUUCCAUCUGCCGAAGCACUCGUCUCCAGCUUAUUCUUUUCUAUUAUUCUAUUUAUUCUAUUUUUCUAAACCAGAAAGAGCCGAUAUUGCGAAUCAGACAACCAAGUUGUGCACACCUAUUAAACUCUGACCUUGCGCUUGCGGCGCAGCCGAGCUGGGUCACAAACGAAGAACGAAAAAAAAAAUUUUAAUAUUCAAUAUUGUGAUUUUUACUGCAAGUAUACAAAUGAAGUAGUAUAUUUUCGUGUUUGAGAGCUGAUUUUUUUUAUUAUUGUACGCUAUCAAAACGACUCGUCUCCGAAGGGGGAGAAACGUAAGAUUAAUCGUGUUUUUUGGGGUGCCCAACAGCAAAAACACGAGUAGUGAAAACAAACGAACCGCGUGCCGUGAAGAAGAAUACUAUCUGUGAUUAUUUUUUGUUAAUUUUUAAAUAUCAUCUGUAACCAACGUGAAAGUUACGCCGUAUACUACCUUCAGUUGCGAGAGUUUUCGGGUCUGUGUGUGCGUGCCAGAAGAAAAAAAGAGAAAUAAAAAAGUGAAAGUGUGUUAAGCCCGGUUUUUUUGUUAUUAUUUAAAAUUUCGCGAAACGAACCGACCAGAGAGGGAAGCAACGAAAAUGUACAAUUCAAACCUCAGCCUGACCGUUCCACCACUGUUGGGCCUCGACGGCGGCGUUUGUACCACGCCCCGAACACCGGAAAUCCUCAACUCGCUGAUGGCCAUGACAAACCCACUCGAGUACUCGUACCCGGCUGGAAGCCAGGCGAACACCUCCACCCCCGCCAUCAACAUCAGCAGCAACAACAACAACAACAACAACAGCAACUCAGUGUCACAGGCAUCACAAGACAACCACUCAAACAGUUCCGACUCGCCACUGGAAUCGCCUGCAGGCCAUAGGAGAACACCGAGCGUACAACAGACCCGCUCGCAACUGAUCAAGGCCGGCGUGAAGCUGUUGAUUCAGAACAAACGUAAACACAGCGGAUGCGAUUCCAGCGAUGGGAACGAAUCAUCCAGUGGCGGAGGCGGAGGGGGCAGUGUGAGGGGAGCGAAAAGCGGCAGCAUGUCGUCGUCAAAAAUACGCCGCGACACGGACAAUCUGACCAGCGAGGAUGACGUCGAAAAUCUGCGGACCACCAGUGGCUGCUCGUCAACGGGUGGUGCCGGCAGCACCACCAGCGCUCGCUGUGGGUUGACGCCAGAGGAUGAGGAUCGCCGCCGUAGGCGCCGGGAGCGCAACAAGAUCGCCGCCACUAAGUGUCGCAUGAAAAAACGUGAGCGAACGGUAAACUUGGUGAACGAGUCGGAGACAUUGGAUGCGCAAAACAAAGAACUUAAAUCGCAAGUUACGGAGCUCGAGCAGCAGCGGCGGAAACUAAUGGAAGUGCUGCAAGCGCACGGGCCCAAUUGUGUCCAUCAGAAGGGGUACCAGCCGUUGCCAAGUUUGUCUACUAUCCCUACCAGCAAAUGUAAGUUUAUAGCGGACCUUAGUUUUCUGGACAAUGACGAUGAUGUCAAGUUCUUGGAAUGCCUGAAAUCCGGUAGCGAUCUGGGGGACUUCUCCAAGCAGGAUAACGCUCUACCGCCCGGCUACUGUAAGCUCUCGCCUACCGAGGUGAACUAUUCGACCCCGACGGACGUCAUGGAUGUUAAUAGCUUCGCUGCACAAUCACUGAAAUCCGAAUACAUUCCAAACAGUCAAGAGCGGCCUGUUUCCGCUCCAACCCGCUCUAAACCGGGACCAAAACCAAGGCAGAAAUCGGCAACGGCGGUGAAACGGACGGUGACCAAUGUAACAACCAUUGCCGAUGCUCUCCCGUCCGUACCGGUGACCCUUCCGAGCGCGGAUUUCAUUCUGAAGAACGAACUCAUCGAUACGAGUAGUCCUUAUACCACAGUCCAAUCGGCCGACCGUUUUCUGUUCGAAAACUCUCUCGAUCUGUACAAUAACAACAACAAUGACACUCUGGACAGCCACCAUACCAACGACAGCGACAAGUUAACCUGCCUAGCCGUUAAAGACAAUGCCUCCAACGCACUGCUCGAAUUCAACGCUAACUUCGACACCGCCAUCAUCAAACCGUCGGACUAUGCUCUCCUAUCAACACAGAAUCAUCUAUCGCAGCAGCUCCAGCAGCAACAGCAAUCCAAUCAACACCAGCAGCAACAGCAACAACAACAACAACAGCAGUGCCAUCUUCAGCAAAGCCUAGAGCUUCUGUUACCACAUCAGCAGCAUCUGAACCAUCAGCACCACAUGCUCUCCCAAUCGUCCUGCUUCGAGGGCAGCAUCGUGACCAACGACUUCCUCAUCCUUCCCGAGCACGAUGGCAGCGAGUUCACCGAUCUAGACAGUGGCAUCACGUCCUACGCGAACAUCAACGGCAGCUGUCUGGCGUGACGAUCGUCGUCGUCAUCGUCCUCAUCGCCACCGCUGCUGAUGCUGUAGUCACUCGCGAUAGCGAGUUUCCUUGGUUCAGUCUAGUUCAGCUCUCGCCAAUAACGUCGCAUUUGGAAUGUUUUUUGAUAUUUCGUUUUUUUUCGUCUGGUCGAAGAGUAGGCUUUGCCCUCGGCACUCUGUAUAUGUCCCAGUGGUCGCAGUUACCGUAUUUUUACCGAUCUUUUGAGUGUGUAUUUUUGUGUCAGCUUGCGAUCGAUGUGUUGUUCACUCUCUCUUUCUCGCACACACAAAGCAAGAAACAAUCAAUCCAAAAGGAGCUAUUGAUGGGUUGUCGAAGAUGGUAUCGACACUCUGUAAAUUUAUUUCCUCUUUUUGGAUGAACAAUUCUGAAUGGGCGUGUGUCUCUCUCUCACUCUCGAAACGUCAAUCUAUGUGUGUGUGCGUGUUUGCGUGUGUACGUGUGUGUGUGUGAGUUUGUCCAUUAGAUAGGUAAGAAAAGGGAAGAAGAAAUUCCCUUUGUUUCGUUUUUAUCCAGUAAAACACUGUUAUAUACUGUAGUAAGCAUACAAACAAAAGCAAAAACACGUUUCUUUAUGCAGAAAACAAAAAACGGAAAUGCAUUCCUUAUUCGAUCGUAAGUUAAUAAUCGUAUCUCAUUUCGUUUAUGGUCCUCGCGCAUCCACACGAGCGCGGUCCGUUCAUUUUUAACCCCAUUCUCUGUCUUUCUUAUCUCUUUUCGUUUUCGUUUUUUUUUUUCUUUCACUUCAGCAUAUUGUGAUAUUUGCAGCCUACUUCGCUGAUGGACGCCAAAGGCGACAGCACACAGUUCCAAAAUUGACAGCGCCUCGGUCUCCCUUUCGGCUAUACGUUACUGUGGAGCAAUUCCACGCAAAAUCAGCCGGUCGCUGACCCGACCCGCUUCGAUUUCGUUUUUUUGAAACUUGGUACUUAUGAUGGAAACUACCUAAAAUCACAAUUUUCAUUAUCGUAUGAUCAGUCUAAAUUACGCUUGAUUUUUUAAAAGGGCGCGUCGAAAAUCAUUGAUCUUUCUUUCAAAAAAUCGUAACUAAAAAUCCAGAUUCCGAUUAAAAUAUGAUGUUUGACAAAGUUUUUGGAUAAUUAAUGAAUUAUUGAGGAAAAAUUACAUUUAAAUGCACUUAUUCAUAAAUUGAAUUUAGUAUCAAAAACAUUUAUAUCUCAAAAUAUCCCCCUACGAUAUAUUUUUGUAUAUUUUUAUUGGAAAACUCUUCCAACUCAACAAAGUUUGACGUACACAGUGGUGCCGUGGCAAACUCACCAAAAAUGAGAUAUGAAUUCAUGAAAUUUCAAUAGUGUCCACCCAAACUAGCGUUAGAAGAAAAAAAAUCCAAAUGUCAAACAGGGAUCGAAUCAAGGCCAGCUGAAAUUUUUACACGUUUUACACAAUUACGCUAUCCACAUAACCCCUGGUGCUGUUGCACAAAUGCGUGAGACAUUAUUAAACGAAGUUGGAUCUUAAAAGUAUACAUGGAAUGUGUUUUCGAAGAAUAAAAAGAAGGAAAAACGUGAACCUUUAUCCUUUUCGCGACAGGGGCCGUGUAUGUAGCAAAGUAAGUGAAAAGGGUUAAUUCGUGAUUAGUUGCAAUGUGUCUCUUGUUUCGCUCUCUCAUAUUGCUCUUAUACUGCUAUGACAUAUAUAUAUUUAUACACAAACUUGCCUAUCCUUCACGGUUUUCUUGUUGAACGAUAGUGUACUACCAUCCGGCAUUCGCCUUCUUCCUUCGGAACAAUAGAUGCUCUAGUGCUAUUCGGAGAUAUUGUUGGCUCAAUGAUCCUCGCAUCCAACAGCUACUUUAUAAUUCGCUUGAUCUACUAUUCCCGUGAGACCAUCUUGUACGACUUCUCAUGCACUGGUUGUGGUUCAUGUAGCACAAUUACCAACUCGAGAAACUUGGCUUUGUCCAGCUCUCGCACGUUCUUCAAGGAACAGUCUCGAAUGCUUUCAACGCUACUCCAUCGGUAUUGAAGUCCGCUCCCUUCACAGGUUCGUAAACCUGAAUUGAAAGCAUUUCUCGUACAGACCUUUCUUUAUUUGAAUCUUCUUUUCUAGUCUUUUCACACUCUCCUUUGGCCAACCAGUAUAUCUUCCUUCUUUCUUCGUCAUCACCACAGUUUCGCUCUUCAGGACAUCUAUGGCUAUAAUCACUGGCAAUUCUUGUGCAAAGUAUGGCAUCAACAAUAUCAAUUUAUUGUUAACAAUUUAACAAUUUUUUUUCCUCAAUUUCAUCCACUUUUAGGCUAGCCUAGCCUAGCUGCCUAGCCUUUUCUGUCGCCCCGACGUUUACCGAAUUUCCUCGCCAUCGAGUCUUUGAUUGUUGUCACCUUGCUGCCACUAUCAAUCAACCCCAUCUUCGGUCAUCACCACUUCAGUUCAAAGAGCCUUCCUGCCAAGUGUCACUUGUUCAUAAAAAUAUGAUUCUAUCGUUUCAGCCAGCCUUUUACUCCGUUUCAUCAAUUUCUCGUGAAUGGAUAUAGGAUCCAACGAUUCGUGAAAAGCCUCAAGGAACUUCGCUUUGAAAACAGACCACGUUUGCACCAACAUUUGUACUCCAUUCCACCAGAGUCGUGCUGCUCCUUUCAAGUGCAUUUUCGCACAAAGAAAUUGGGUUUGGUUCGACCAGUCAUAGAUUUCCGCGGUUGUUUCCGAAUUAAGCAAAUUUGUUGACCUAAAAUUUCGAGUUUGUGAAAAAUCUACCAACGAACGAUCACCGAUUCUCAUAAAUAUAUGACUUUAGCUGUUCCGAUGAAUUUUCAAACUUUUCGUGUGAUACCACCCAUCAUUUUCUGCACAGUACUGCUGGUAACCGUAUUUGUAUCUUAUUCCACCACUCUUCCAUUGGAGCUGGUUUUUUUAUGGUUCUGCCACAUUUCUUCAGUUUGCCUUCGAUAAUUACCCAAUAUGUCUCGAUGAGACGAAAAUCCAUCAAAAUACAUCGUUUGUACUUGGUCAACACUUGCUCGCACUGCUUCCUUGCAACCAGGUUUUGUUUCAGCGUCCUGUUGGGGUAAUUGUACGACCGCAAGCCUUAUCGCAUUCAAACUCGCCAAACUGUACUGUGGCUCGCCGUGAACUUUUCCGCCAAAUCCCGCAAGGAGAGCCCAAGAUUGUGGUGGACUGAUCGAAUCACCUUUGCUCGUAGAUACCGGCCAUAUGUUCCACCUAUACGCCUGAUUGAUUUUGCCCGAUCCAACGUAAGAGUCUCCCGGUAACGUUUGAGUAUGGUAUUUACAGUCGAUUUUGAGAAUUUCAGGAAUUUUGCGAUGUUUCCUCCUGACAACGUCGGGUUAUCAACGUGAGUAGACAGAUGUUUUUCCCAACUUUCGCCUUUCAUCGUCGUUAACUUUUGAAUGUGUCCUUCAACCUUGAUGAAAUUUUCACUACUGAAUAAACAAACCAUUCCGAUCAAAACACUGUCAAUGGUUUCUCUUCGUGACAACUAGGGGCGCUGCAGUGAAUAAAAAUAAGCGACCAAAUUCUAACUGAAGAGCACUUUAAUCGAGUCCAGUUCAAUGCUUCGAUCAGUGAGUAUAUAGGGGAUUACGAUAGAGAUAAGGAUGCUGAAAAAUUUUUCAAUUUUACGAUAGCUUACAAUAGUUUGUGAAAUCGUAACCAUUUAACAAAGGUAACAUAUAAAAUGGAAAAACUAUAUACAACGUUUCAUCCUAGGACCGUUCUCCGUCCUCGAGAUACAAUCAAUUUAAUAUUUAUAAUAAAUUGGUUAUAUCUCGAGGAAAGUUUAUUAUAUUUUAUAUGUUACUUUUCUCAAAUGGUUACCUCAAAUGGAUUUUCCCAAUAAAAAUUUAAAAACAAAUAUCAAAGGGGGGUGUUUAUGAGAUAUAAAAGUUUUUAAUACUCAAUUCAUUUUUUGAGUAAGUUCUUUAACAGUGCAUUUCAAAUGUCGUUUUCCCUAAAUAGUUCAUCAUUUUUCCAACAAAUCUUUCGAACUUCAUAUUUCAAUCUGACAUCUGGACUUUAGUUACGAUUUUCUGAAAGAAAGAUCAAUGAUUUUGAACAUGCGCUUUUAAAAAAUUAUGCGUAAUUUAAAUUGGUCAUAUGAUAAUGAAAAAUUGUGAUUUUAGGAAGCUUCCAUCAUAUGUACCGAGUUUCAAUAAAAUCGAAGAGGGUCCAAAUCUACCGUUUUUAGGCUGAUUUGACGUGGAAUUGCUCUAUCCCAUUAUUAUUUGCGGUUUUCUCUCUCUCUCUCUCGCUCUUCUUUGCGUGAUGGUCCAUCAGCGAAGCCGAGGCGAAUACCAUUUACUAAUAAGUUCGCCAUUGAAACCAUCUCUCCGUUCUCCCUCGUCGCUGCGCCUCACACGUCCCGCGUCCCAAAUGGGUAUUCUACGGUCCACACAAAGGCAAAUCUUAAUACGUGUAAUCAGUCAAAAUGCGCUAACCUAUGCUUCGAGUCGCUAAUUAAUUUGUGAUGAUGAUAAUUGUCAAUUAAAAAACGCUUUACCGUUACUCUUACUCGCCCAUCCCUUCUCCCAGCCCGUUAUUUACGCUUUCGCAUUUCAGGAAGGAAAAAAGAACGCAGAACAAAAGAAAGGAGCGAGAAAAAAAUCCAGAAAAAAUGUAUAUUAUUAUCUGCUCUAAGAAUAAUAUAUGUUUAAGUGAAUGUAUUUUUUAUAAAAAGAACAUAAUAGAUUAGGUAGAUAUGUUGUUUUUCUCAGUGUAUGACGAGGCAGGAAGAAGCCGUUCUCCCCAACGGAAAAUUAAUGGCGAGCAAACGGUCACCCAGUGCGAAGCCAAAAUAUUCACAUAAAUUGAAACGGAUUGUUUGUGAAAAAAUAUACUCUCGCGUAGGAAUCAAAACGAAGAAAAAAAAAAAGACGCACAUGAAGAUAAACUAAAACUAUAUUUACAAAUGACAGCUUGCAUUAGCUAACCUUUUGUGUUCCCGACCCUUGGGCAGCGUUGGACACAAUAAGCCAUGCGUUUUCCGUCCGGGGAGAUAAAGCGCAUAGAAUACGCAUAGAAUGUACGACCAAUCAAAACACAAUCGAGUUAAACUAUUUUUGGCUUUGAUUAAUGAGAACAGGUAUGAAAUAUUGUGCUUUAUCUAUAUACGAUUGAAUCGAAAAAAAACAACCACAAAAAAAGGAAUAUUUACAUUAACAAAAGUCAUACCUAGCUGGGGAAGGAAACAACCGCUGCAUGACCGAAGGAGAAGUAGGUGGGCGGCGAUAAUCGUGUUUGCUUGGAAAUCUGAAUUUAAGUGUCGUUGAAAAGCAAUCAAUUACCACUCGCUAGAUGUCAGCUCUGUUUUGGGUACGAUGAACACAACACAAAAUAAACGCUAGUCACAAACGCCCAAACGCGCCCACACGCAAGCGAGAUAAAAAAGCACUUUGACAAUCGAUUACCGCCCAUCUCUUCUUCGCCCUUCGCUGGGACUUGCAAUCGCCUUAUAAAUUUACCAACAAUAAAUUGCGUAACGCCGGCAGUGACCCCACGCGGUGGAAUGGCAAACGAAAUCACUGUCACACAUUCGCAAGGGACGAAAAUAUAAAACUAAAAUGCCUUCCUAUUUUGAUUAAUAGGUUAAGAUGCAUGUUAAUGAAAAAAAAACAAAGUGUUAUUCCUUGAGAUAAUAUAUACACGUAUAUUGUUAAGACAUUUUGAAUAAAAAAAAAAAAACAAUCAAAACUACUAAGCAACUGAAAGCUUAAAUUGAAAUCGGAGCCUUAUAUUGUAUUGUUGUAGAGCUUGACCAAAUUUUGAAACAAAUCUAGAAAGCCUAACAUGUGGUGAGCACGCACCCCAAAAAGGGGAACCAAUCGAACCAGUUACCAAGCAGCAAACACAGAGGGCCAAUGGCGGCAUCGCCCCAUCGCGGAUAUUAGUUCCAUUUUACCCCCGUCAAAACGGAAUUUCUUUAAUAUUUACCUCGAUGUUUGUGUGCACCUUAACUUACUUUUGUUUUUGAAACCUAAUUUGUAAAAAAAAAACCCAAACAACACACGCGAAACAAAAAUGUGCCAUCCGAGAGCGAACGAAUUCGAUCUCUUCGUUCGCGUGUGUAUGUAUCUGUUUCCUGUGUUUAAACCUUAAAAUUGGACAAACGAAAUUAACCGUAACGACUACUUUGUACCUGUGUCGGCAUCGUCUUCUUCGAACACUUGAUUGAUAUAGUAAAACAAAACAAACAACAGAUGAACAGUGAACAAUCAAUUCUAACCCCGUCGCGUUAGCUUAGUUUUAAUACGUAGCAAUUGUCAAACUUGUUCCGAAAUUGUAAUCAACAGCAAACAAGUCAUCGGGAAACCAAAUUCUCCUACAUCCCAGUCGUUGUGUGCAAAUGGACGCUUAAAAGCAAAGAUGCACAGAGAAAAAUUGAAGCGUAUUCAUCGUGCAAAUAAACGGAACACACUCAUUACAGUACUACUUAUAUAAUCGAAUGUUGUUCAAAGCGAUAAUCAGUAAUGAAGAAAGGCAAAAGAAACAACAAGUGGAUCGCAUUUGAAUGCGACAUGAGAAAAUCUAAAUUAAAAGAACCUAUACGAACUGUAAUCAAUGAUAGAAGAAAAAAAUUAAACAAUCGAGAUCGAUCAAUAAACAGAAAAACACUAAGACGAAA